GGCGCGGAGCCCCCGGCGGUGACCUUGGGUGCCGGCCCCUCGUGCGCCCCCCGUGCCGCAGGACGGCCCCCGGGUGUCGGUUUGAGGCCGGCCAGCUGCCCGCGGUCCCUGCCCAGAGCCGGCUCGAUCCGCACCGCCUGGGAAUCGGCGUCGAUUUUAUUUCGUCUUCUACAUGCGGUGCUCCCUGGCUCGGGCUGAAAGCCCGCUAGGCCAGAAACCGGGCUUAAAGAGCUCCCCGCUGCAGAAUGAAGAGGAGCCAGGCGAGACUGCACCGGUGGUAAAUGACGCCCCUCCGCCUUACAGCAGCAUUUCUGCGGAGAACACAGCUUAUUUUGACUACAAGGAUGAGUCAGGAUUUCCUAAGCCUCCAUCUUACAACGUGGCCACAACACUGCCUAGUUAUGACGAGGCAGAGAGAACCAAGGCUGAGGCCACAAUUCCCUUGGUUCCUGGAAGAGAGGAUGACUUUGUGACACGGGAUGACUUUGACGACACUGACCAGCUGAGGAUAGGAAAUGAUGGCAUUUUCAUGCUAACUUUCUUCAUGGCAUUCCUCUUCAACUGGAUUGGAUUUUUCCUGUCUUUCUGUCUGACUACUUCAGCUGCAGGAAGAUACGGGGCCAUUUCUGGGUUUGGUCUGUCUCUUAUCAAGUGGAUCCUUAUUGUCAGGUUCUCCACCUAUUUUCCCGGUUACUUUGAUGGUCAGUAUUGGCUUUGGUGGGUGUUCCUUGUACUAGGUUUUCUGCUGUUUCUCAGAGGAUUUAUUAAUUAUGCAAAGGUUAGGAAGAUGCCAGAUACUUUUUCCACUCUCCCCAGAACCAGAGUUCUCUUUAUUUACUAGAGCUCCUGUUUCUACAGAUGGGCAAAGUUCAGACUGACUUGGUGGGGAGUAGAGGAAUGCUUGACAUUUCUUCCUGAGUUUUCCCUUUGAAGAAUUUUAAAUUCGUUAGAUUCCAUGAAUUGAAUUGUACAAACAAAAGCUCUGCCCCUUGGUGUUGCACUGUAUUUGACAGGUGUGUCUUUCAGAAUAAAUAAUAUGCCUGAAACAUGUGGUAUGUCCUAAACAUGAAUAAAGGUCACAAAAUCUAUUUGGAAGACUGUGCCAGUGUGUCUGGCUUAUGUCCCAGAAAGAACAAUUUGUCUGAAUUUAGUGUGCUCUUUGAAUUUAUUGCCAAGUUCCUGAAGAAACUCAACUCUUGCACGCCAUUUCUCAUUGCAAACCUCUCCUGCAUACUUGAACAUACUGUUCUACCUGAACGUUUUGCAAAAGCGUUAAUGCCUAGAAGUCUUUUUCUUUAAGGCUGAUCCUUAACAUUGCUACCUUCCUAAUGGGACUUUAAGGGAGGAGAUUUAAGUAGUUGAAUCCUUCUAGCAUAAUUUCCUGCUUACAGCAGAUAAUGGCCUUGCAUUAACUGUCCCUCCCCGAGGGGAAGGAAAUCCUGUAAUAGUUUGCUUCCCAGAUGGCGAGUGCAACAUGAUGCUCCCUUUAGAAAAUUCAUAAUAACACUAGAUUUCCCCAAGACAGGGUUCAAGCAGUUGCAGCUGGGACAGUGGUAUAAAGAAACCAAACAAACCCCGGCUUAAAAUUGAGGUCAUUAAAUUGUUCAGAAUUUAAAACCAAAGCUUAAUUUUCCAAGUGCAUUUUCCUUUUAUUAGAAACUGCGAGUUGCUUAAGAUUCUGCUUCAUUUCUGUUCUGCAAUGGGAACAUGCUACACAAAAUGAGAAUUGUGCAAUGUUUUCCAGCUCGGGUCGUCCAGUGGUGAUAGCAUGUAAAACUAGUUCUUCGGUCACUUUAUUUAAGUGUUUCUAUUCCAUUUAAUACCGUUACUGGUUUAUGGUCGACUUUUCUGUUGACCUCCUCCAGGAUUUGUAAUAUCCUCUGAAAUUCCUGCUGAGUCACCAGAAGGAUUACUUCCCUCAGGUGUAUAGUCACAUAGUGAGAGCAUUCAAGCAUCAGCUGUGUCGUCUGUAGUUUGUUCUCACUGAACAAUUUUUUUCUAUUUUGCUUCUUUACUGAAACUUAAUUUUUCAUUUAUUAUGGGAACUGUGUGGUUUCUUGUUGCACAGGCCUUUCCUGUAUUUGGAAUUUGAAAUUGUAAUUCUAGAGACCUUGCUUAACUCCUUGCUUGUAAGGAUGGAGGUGUAGUAUUUUUUUUAAUCUUUUUUUAUUUGUUUAUUUUUGGACACUUGGGAGCUUUCAAAAAGCACUCUCUUAGAUACCUUGAGAUAAAUGUCCAGAGUCACUUCUAAAAUCUACAACUUUGACAUUUUCAUUGGAAACAAAUCUUUAAUCCUGAAUUCUGAGUAGGGAAACCACAGAAGACUUGGAUUUUCACUAUAUUAUUGUUCUUAAGAUUAGAUUUCUGCUGCAGGACAUAAUGAAGAGGGCUCUAAAUGAUCAUUAUCAUUUUAGAGGGGCUAAUUUUUAGAAUAUAAGAAGGGAAAGAGGAGAGGAAUAAUUUGUGCAAAUAAAAAAAUAACUGGUGAAAACGAAUCUAAUUGGAAGCCUGGUGUUUACUGUUCAGUGUGUGUGUACGAGUAACGGACAUCAUUCUUGACAGUGUCUCAGCAGAAACCACCAGCUGUGUGCCGAGUGCAGGUGUUUUACGUUGGAUCUCAGGUCUGAAUGGUUCUACCCAGCAUGACUGGAACAGGCAAUUUGUGAGAGCUGGUGCCUCUCAUACUGAAACGGUUGAUAUAAAGAUACAGAAGUCAUAAUCAUCGUGUGUGGAUGCAGCAAAUAAGACGUAGUACAAUUUUGUUCUCUUGUCCUAGUGCAAAUGCAGUGUAACUUCAUGAACGGGUGUGUUUUUAUGCCGGAGUUUCUAAGAGCAUUGCCUGUUUCAGUGUCUGUUUUUAACUCUUCAGGAAUUUUAACUCUUUAGAAGUGUAACAUAUAUACAAAAACUGCACAUUUCAUUAGAGUCAUGUCAUUGUGUACUGAGAUACUUCAUAAGCCUUUAGACAUCCUGCACUCUUUGUGAACUACAUCCUUCUGUUAUCCAAAAUAGCAAUCUAACUAUAGUUUCAAUAUUCAAUAUCCUUCUCCAACAGAUGUUUUCUGGCAAAUGUCGUCCUGCGUUAGUGAAUUCUCCCUCAAGAAGUAAUAGGACACCUGCAGGAAGUGAAUCAAGACUCUGAAACAGAAGAAAAAAUAAUCACCUGCUUUAAAAUAAAUAAAUAAAAGUACUGUUGAAAAAUGGAGAAGCAUUUCUUUCUAUUUGUUUCUAGGUGUAAAAUUUUAAUAAUUAAUGCAGAAUUCUGUAAUCAUUAAAUCAUUAGUGGCUAAUGUUUGCAAAAGCUCUUGCAAUCAAGUCUGUGACGUGCUAAUAAAGCCUGAUGUAGUCUCUGUAGUAAUUUGGGUAGCAUGAGCUAUGCCCUGCAGCCAGCAGGGGACAGGCUUGCUUUAUUUCGUUCUGCAUCCUGGGAGCAGGUUUGGACUCUGGUCGUUAGCGUACGGUGUGCAUAAUGCUGACUGCCCCGAAGGGAUGAGCUCAAAAGUGUAAGUGAAGGCAUUGCUAUGGUUACAUACCUUGCUGCUGCUUAGUUCUCCACCACCUGUGCUAUGUCUGAAAGGAAAAAUUGGUCUGUACAGUACAGAUUCUCAAGGUGUAAUUGGGAAAGAGUAUUAUUUUGAAGGUGGCACAAGUAUUAAUUUUUUAAUAGUCUAUAUUCUCAAUGUUGUAGUAUACUUUUCUUUCAUACUACCUACUUUUUGGACUAUAUAGAGAUUUUCACAGUACACCUUGGUAGUGUAAAGAUAAAAGGUCACAUUGCAACUUUGUAUAAAAGUUAUCUUGCAAAACAAAGGGCCUUUUUUUUCUUUGGCUUGGGACUUUUGAGACAAUUCCUAACAUACCUGUAAUUCUUGCUUUUAUAAUUUGUGUUAGCAGAGACUACGAUGCAUUAUAAAUGUAGAUUUAAUGUCCACUUUUGUGCUUUCCGCCAAGUGGUAAUUCACUUUGGAGUUUUACUAUGUUAAAACUGUAAAUAUAGCAGAACAUUAAUAAAUGUCACUUACGUAGCAA